AGCAAUUAAAAUGAAAAGGAUUUUAAGCUUGAUAUUUCUUUACCUGGUUUAUUUGAUAAUUCCCAAAGGAAUAAUAAUCGCAAAUAAUGAAAAGGGUGUGUGUUCUUCAAAAACGGCGGAGAAGGAAUGCUGUAUUAACUACUACCAAGAAAAUGGAUUAUGUAAAGUUUGUCCAAGUGGAUGGUUUGGCAAGAAUUGCUCACAGCAGUGUCCCAAAAAUACUUAUGGAGAAUUAUGUGAUCGAAGUUGUAACUGCAAAUCUAAUGAAACAUGUAAUCAUGUACUAGGAUGUCUUCCUAAAACUGGUGUGUGCCUUGGAAAAAUUGGGGAAUUCGGAUGCUGUUUAAAUUAUUUCCAACGAAUUAAAAAUAAAUGUUCAGUUUGUAACCCGGGCACUUAUGCGGAAAAUUGCAAUAAGCAAUGUCCAAAUGAAACAUACGGCUAUCAAUGUCGACAAAAAUGUAAUUGCAGCGUAAACAUCACUUGUGACAAACAAUUUGGCUGUGUUGACCAAG